AUGGCGCAACCAGAAGCACCUGUUGAAAAAGGUGAUGCUGAUGUUGAGGGUUUUCCAAGCGGAUCCCAUGACACAUCAGUUCUUAGUGAUUUUGAAAAUCACAUUGCUUUGAGCGUGUGGAAUGGAGAGGAACGUCUUGAGUUGAAGCUAUCUUUCCAUGGAAGGAAGAUGACUAAGUUCGGGAAGCCUGCCGCAGAGAUUGAAGGCCUUGUGGUGGCCAGUGGACUGGGUCCUUUGAUUGCUUGUUCUCUAGAUACAAGCGAUCAUGGACUAAUGUCUGCUUUUGUGGAACAUUGGCAUAAGGAAACAAGAAGUUUCCAUUUGCCCAUCGGAGAGGUGACUAUCACCUUGGAUGACGUUGCAUCUUUGUUACAUUUUCUUGUUUUAGGGGCGUUCCACAACUUUGAGCAGCUUCAUGUCGACGACGCUGUCGAGAUAUUGGUGGAGUUACUCGAGGUCAGUGCUGCAGAUGCUAGAGCUGAGACCAUUCAGUGUCACGGGUCUUAUGUGCAACUAUCGUGGUUGCGCGAGUUGUAUGAGCUGAAGAUUGAGGCAUUAUUCUUGGAUGCAUUGAGUAACCUGACACAGAGUGCGGGUUACGCUUGGGGCGCUGCUGCACUUGUGCACAUGUAUGAUAAUUUAAAUGACGUGUCGAAGAGCACGGCGAGGCAGCUUGCAGGAUAUAUCACUCUGUUACAGGUUGGUUAA